UUUACCUGUAAUAAAAUAUUUUGUAUGAAUGGUUUAUGUUAAUAAAUUAAUUUCAAUUUUAAAUGCCUUAAUGUUGUUUUAAGAUAGUGAAGGGGGUUUUUAAUGCUUUAAUUUAGUGAUAAGUGUCUUAUGAAACAACAUGGUGCGAGUCUGAACGAUAUAAUUUUUUGCGAGCGAUUGGAAAUUAUUUACUGUGAUUAUGAAGCGACAAAACGUCCGAACACUAUCCCUUGUGGUCUGCACAUUUACAUAUUUGUUGAUUGGCGCUGCAGUAUUCGAUGCUUUGGAGUCCGAAACGGAGAGUAAACGGUGGGAAGUACUAUCUGAUAUGAGAAAUGGCUUAAUACGUAGAUAUAACAUAACACCGGAAGACUACCACAUGAUCGAGAUUGUUAUCAUUGAGAACAAACCACACAAAGCUGGGCCACAGUGGAAGUUUGCUGGAGCCUUCUAUUUCGCUACCGUUGUGCUGGCUAUGAUCGGUUACGGGCAUUCUACACCUGUCACUUAUGGAGGGAAAGCCUUUUGUAUGGCUUAUGCUAUGGUGGGUAUUCCCCUAGGCCUGGUGAUGUUCCAGAGUAUAGGUGAACGUCUGAACAAGUUCGCGUCUGUGGUGAUACGUCGAGCUAAGUGUUACCUUCGAUGUAACACUACGGAGGCUACAGAGAUGAACCUUAUGUUUGCUACUGGAAUGCUCUCGUCUAUUAUUAUAACUACAGGUGCCGCUGUAUUUUCCCGCUACGAGGGCUGGAGCUACUUCGACAGUUUCUAUUAUUGUUUUGUUACACUUACUACAAUCGGAUUCGGGGAUUACGUUGCUUUACAGAAUGAUCAAGCCCUGACCAGCAAGCCUGGCUACGUGGCUCUGAGCUUAGUGUUCAUACUCUUUGGACUGGCCGUAGUCGCCGCCAGUAUCAACUUAUUAGUACUACGGUUCAUGACUAUGCAAGCUGAAGACGCAGCCCGUGACGAAGAAGAUAAAGAUGGUUCCAGGACUCUCCUGCCAAUAGAUGAACAUCCUAUAAUGGGCAGACAGAGAUCUCAUGAUGAUCAAGCAUCGGUAUGUUCAUGUAACUGCCUGGGCAACAAGCAGUGCGAGGGGGGCGCGCUGCUGGCCGCGCCGCGCGCGCACCGCCUGCACCGCCGCGGGUCGCUCGCACUCACUCCCGAACUUAUUGAGAGGGCUUCCGUCUAAAUGUAAGUCACCACUUAUGAUGUAUCGAUGUUAAAGAAAAGAUGGAGGAAAGAAGAUACAAUAAAUAUGGAAUAGUGAAUGAAAAGUGUGGUUACAUUGUUCUUUGCCGUAGGGUAGUCCGUCAGUUAGAUUAUGAAAAAAUAUUAGACACAUAUUUUUUAUUAUGUCGUAUAAGAAAACUAUACUACGAUAAAGUCGCAAAGAACCUAACGGG